AUGAUACCUUUGUGCCUUCACCGCUACCCUUCCUGGCUCAACACUGGCGUUCGCCUGUUUGUACGUUUGUUUUUUUUCUCUUAAUUACAUUUCUGAAGAUCGUUUGGAAGCGGUUUCGUAAUUCGUUGCGAGAUUGCUUUAAACGCGCUUAAUGCAUAGAGCUUGUCUGUUAACCUUGUUGUUCGGUGUGUAGUUUAUUUAGUGCAUAAUUUUAAUUUUUUUUUUUCGGUUUUUGAGAUCUUUAUCUGUCUUUGAAGGCUUAGAGAAAAAGAAAACGAAAAAGCUUCAAAUUUUAUUCAUCGGUAGCUGUUUCAUCUGCUCUGGCAAUUUGCAAACUUCCUUAUUAUUGUGGCUAUGUAGGCAGCGAUGUGAUACUAGAGUGAAUCAAAAAAAUUUUACGAUUCUGAAAAUUCCAGAAAUCUUUGAUGAACGAGGUGAAUGGGGGAAGCGAACAAAAAAGAAAACGUAUCAUUAAUGACUUUUUUGUUUUGAAAUCAACUUUCAUUUUUAGUUACUCAUCGAAUGUCCUCGAAAACGUGCGCCUUCUUACGGAGUCGUUGCGCGGCGACCGUCAACGUCGCACUGCUUCUGAAUCUUCGCUGGCUCUCGCCGAGCAAGUUCGCUGUAAGUUUUUAUUGUUUCCUUAUAUUCAUGCAUAGGAUGAGCAUGACUGGCGACAGCUAAGUCUCCGCUCGCAAAAAACCUUUUUUUUUGGAUAAGUUUUAACUAAGAAAAGAUCGCUUCUGCAAAUCAAUUGAACUCUAAAAAUAUUUGAAUUUUUUUUAUACAUGAACUUUUAUUUUUUUUUAAUAAGGUACAGCGCACCCUAGAAUUAUUUUUUACGGUUUUUGCUCCCAUGUAUGUUUAUAUUCACCGCUUAGACCUACUUCUAUCAUGAAGUUAUUAAUUUAUUCGCUGCGAGUGGAAAAGACAUUAUUUCGCUGCGCUCUUUUGUUGAAACGCUUUUCUCAUGACCUCGUAAGAGAAAAAGAAACGCAGACAUUUGAAAACUUUCAAUUCACGGCAAACAGACUAUAGAAAAUUUUCCAAAUAAAAUAAAAACACUAUUUAAAGAAAAUGAAAACAAACCUUGAUAUCUAUAGUCAAUAUCCAACGAACUGAAAGGUAAUACGUGCAGAUUAGCAAGUUUCAUUUAUUGCAUACGCGACUCGGCCUUCAACCGGGAGCUUGAGGUCAAACGCAAUCAUAAAAAAUGUAGAAAAAUAGUUAUUUAUAUAGUUUUUGAACCUUUUUUUCAUUCUAAUGAACUUCUUUAUUUCCUUAAAAAAAUUAAUAUUAUCGAAAAAAAUUUUUCAAAGAAAAAAAGAAGAUGUUGAAAAAAAUAAAAAAAUGACUCGCGUUUGACCUUCGAGUUCCCCGCCAAAAGCCUCGUCGCUUAGGCAACUCGUCACCUUUGCCAAUCUACCUAAUUCUUCUUUUUAGUUUCGAGAAGGAUUAAUUAUAAUUUUCCUUCAAAUUAAGAUGGUUAUGCAUUCUCGCAAGACGAAGAAGGCAUCGCCCAGACAGAACUCAUUCGGCGGCUCGACUCGACCAUCGCUAAACCCCUUGGAAGAUGA